UGUCACGUGAGGGCGGCGCGCAGGUAGGUGGAGAACACCGGAGAAGGUAAACGCGGAAGUAAAAGAAAGACUGCAGAAAAACGCGAGAGAGCAACAUUUUAUGCUGCUGGACGAACAACAACAACAACAACAACAACUUCAUUAUGGCCGUGUGUGACGGCCUCUCCCACUGUAAACUGGCUCUGACCUUCGCCGUGUUGAUGGACUUACUGGGAGGAUCCGCUCUGCUGGUGGGAGUCUUUGCCCCGCUGGAGAUCAAAGGACGGGACUUUGGGGACUUACUGGUCUAUACUGGGGCCCUGUUCGUGCUGAUGUCUCUGGCUGGAUGGGUGCUGUGGUACAGCGGGAACAUCGAUGGCCUGACGUCCAAAAAGGAGCUGGGACACAUCAACAGCGCCGUCGACCGGCUGGCUCGCACCCUCAGCCGAAAGAUCCACACGUACAAGAACCACCGCUGAGCCUGCCCGGGGGAGGACGGGAGGACGGAGUCUGAUGCCUGUGUUAGUCAGUAUUAAUAUGAGAUACAGACACUGAAUUUAACUCUUACCUGUACUACUCAGUUACACUGUGAGUGUUACAAGCAUUUCAGUUCCAGAUGUGCACCUGCUGUUCUGUUACAGAGUCGUGCUGCUGUUUUUAUUCUGAUUUUAGUUAAUUGUUUUGUGUUUUUAGAUGUGAUUGUCAUUCAGUAAAGCAGUGGUCUCAUGUUGAAUUUCAAUAAAAAAAUAUUUACAAAUGUUA